CGAAUCUUUUUUAGGAUAAAUUAGAGAGGAAAAUCUUGAAAAAAGAAAUGGAAUAUUUAUAUGGCUGAGACCCGGAUUGGAGUGGGUAUAUAUAUAUAUAAUGACUAAGGAGGAAGAAUCUUGAAAGUACAUUUCAAUUUUGAAGCAAUCACAAGGGCUUCCAAAUUGAAAAUUCUCUCUUUCUCACUCCUAUUUUCUCUCUCUCUAGAUUUCUCCUUGUUUCACUGCUUCAUGUCUGAAGAACCCUUGUAGCCUUUUCUCUUUCAUUUCUAAUUUCAAACUGAAAAGUUCCUAUUUCUUUGUAUUCAAAUCGACCCACCAAAGAGUAGAAACCAUGUCUUCUCCAAGCAAACGCCGAGAGAUGGACUUGAUGAAACUGAUGAUGAGUGAUUACAAGGUGGAGAUGAUUAAUGAUGGGGUGCAAGAGUUUUACGUAGAUUUUCAUGGACCCAGUGAAAAAGGAAAUUGAUAAAGAAAAGUCACAAUGUGAUGAGUUUCUGGCAGGUCCUUAUCAUGGAGGGUUAUGGAGGAUAAGAGUCGAACUUCCGGACGCUUACCCCUAUAAAUCUCCUUCAAUAGGAUUUCUUAACAAAAUUUAUCACCCCAAUGUUGAUGAAAUGUCGGGUUCGGUUUGUUUAGACGUUAUUAAUCAAACUUGGAGUCCCAUGUUCGAUCUGGUAAAUGUUUUUGAAGUGUUCCUACCACAACUUCUUUUGUAUCCCAAUCCGUCAGAUCCUUUGAAUGGAGAGGCUGCAGCCUUGAUGAUGCGUGACCGAGUUGCUUAUGAACAAAAAGUAAAAGAAUACUGUGAAAGAUAUGCAAAGCCAGAAGACAUAGUAGCUGCACCUGAUAAAUCAAGUGACGAAGAAGAACUAAGUGAAGAUGAAUCCGACUCGAGCGAUGAGCAAGUUGUGGGGCAAGCAGACUUGUAAGGGCUCAUUUUGAGUUUCUUUCAUUGUACAAAGGUGUCUGCUUGAUUACUUUCUUCUGAUCUGCUAUGUGUAUAUAUAUAUCAAGAAAAGAAAAAUCGACGCUGGUUUCAUGUUGCAAUUACCAUAUGAUAUUAGAUUAUGUUGAGACUUUAAUCUGGCUUUGCUUGGUUGAAUUUUGGAAAGGUAGUUGUAAUGUUGCUUUUCUUUUUUCAAAAAGAUGUUUUAAAGUUCUAACA